AUGGGCGCUACCUGGAGGAGCCCUGGCUGGGCGCGGCUCGCGUUGUGCCUCGCCGGCCUCGGGCUGUCUCUCUACGCGCUGCACGUAAAGGCGUCUCACGCCCGCGACCGGGACUACCGCGCGCUUUGCGACGUGGGCACCGCUAUCAGCUGCUCGCGUGUCUUCUCCUCCAGGUGGGGUCAGGGGUUUGGGCUGGUGGAGCACGUGCUGGGCCCUGACAGUGUCCUCAAUCAGUCCAAUAGUAUAUUUGGUUGCAUCUUCUACACAUUACAGCUGUUGCUAGGCUGCCUGCGGGGACCCUGGGCCUCCACGCUGCUGGUGCUGAGUUCCCUGGUGUCUCUAGCUGGCUCUGUCUACCUGGCCUGGAUCCUCUUCUUCGUGCUCUACGAUUUCUGCAUUGUUUGCAUCACUACCUAUGCCAUCAAUGUGGGCCUGACAGUGCUCAGCUUCAAGAGGACCCAGGAACCCCAGGGCAAGGCCAAAGGACAUUGA